AUGUGUCGCAGAUUUUAAAAAGUGAGGCAGGCAGGCGGCCGGAGUUUCGGUGAGAGGGAACGAGGAGGCUCGGCGCUCAAAACAAGUGUUCACGGCGGAAGCAAGCGGCCGCAGCGACCCCCCACCCCCCGGAGGGUCUGCCCCCCUCUCGUCUUCUACUGUUUUUAUUUCAGCUCUACGACAACACCAGCACACGUCCAGUUUGUGCGCUGUUCGGAGCGUGUGGAGCGGCGCGCAGCGAUGGAGCUGUCGUCAAUAGGAGACCAAGUGUUUGCAGUUGAGUCAAUAACAAAGAAGAGAGUGAGGAAGGGUAAUGUGGAGUAUCUGCUGAAAUGGCAGGGAUGGCCCCCAAAGUACAGUACUUGGGAACCAGAGGACAAUAUUUUGGACCCGCGCCUGGUCCUGGCCUACGAAGAGAAUCAGGAGAAGAUCAGAGCUCUGGCCUACCGCAGGAAAGGUCUCAGACCCAGGAGGCUCGUCCUGCGGAACAUAUUUGCCAUGGACCUCCGCAGUGCCCACAAGGAGAAGCCCCCCCCACGCCUGCGCCUCUCCCUCACCCGCGCCAUGAGCACAGAUGUGGACCAGGGCGAGCGGGCCGCUAUGUACCGUCGCCCAGCCUGGAGGAAGAGCAAGCAGAGGGCCUCCAAACGGGGGCCAGAGGGACCCUCGCACAAACCUCUCCGUCCGCUCAGGAAGAAGGAGGAGCCCAUGGAGGAGGACUGGGGCGGCACCAGCGAAGAAGAGAAGCCGGAGUCCGAAAGCGCCGCCGAGGAGAGACGUGAAGACAGUUUAUAUGGUCAGUCCGAGUGCAGCUCCCCGCCCUUGCUGGAGCGUCAGGACUUAGAGAUGGAGGUGGAGGAGAAGGUGGAUGUCAACCUGACAGCGGAAGGCACAGAAACGUGGACUGAUGAAGGAGGUGGAGGGACAUCCGAAACAAGACAGAACCAGACAUUUGCAUGCGACCAAUCAAAGGACAGCGCCUCGGUGCCUGAGGCCGGACCAGAAGAUGCGGUUACCGUGGGCGACAGGUCAGAGUGGGACAGAUUGGGUGAAGAGGGCGUGGAGUCGGAGCGCACCGCAGUAGAGCUUAGCGUGUGUCAGAGCAACAACACGACCUCGGUGAUAGUGAGCGUUCAGGGGAGCAGCGAGACGGCGGGCGAUGCCGCCGCCGUCUGCUCCGCUGCUGAGGCGAGGAAGGAGGAAGUGAGAGGCGACAAUCAGAGCGUUACCACGGUGACACCGGGCAGUCAGACCGCUGCAGCUGAGCAUCCCGGGAAGGUGAUUGUGACGAACGUGACUAUCAACUCUCUGACGGUGACUUUUAAAGAAGCCACGGUGGCUGAAGGCUUCUUUAAGAGCUAUUAAAUGACGACAUAGAGAGAUGGAGGGAGAUCAAAAUAACCAUAAUUAGACUUGCCACUCAUUUUGUUCAUGUAAAUAGUCGUGUAAGUAAGACAAUUCCACAUGUUUACAAAGCUACACUCAUUUCCUACUGAGUUCACUGAAGACAUUAUUGCCUUUAAACAAAAAAAAUGAGUGGUAAUUUUAUCAUUGUGGCUCAUUUAUUAGGUGUGAUAGGAAGCCUGAGGCCCCCAAAAUAAUGUGCUCAAAUCAUCCAUUGCAAUCCAGGGGACUAAAUGGAUCUCAGUGGCAGGUUUCAGUUGCGGGGCCGCUGGGUUCACUCAGAGCGAGAGACAGAUGGUGAGAGCAGUCUAAAAUGGUAAUAGUCCACAUUACUACUUCCAUGCAGUUACCUUUUCCAGUCGUCCUCAGUGCUUUCCAGCCAGACGUCGGUCUCACACUCAGAUCUGUUCUCGGGGGCCUGUUUCAGUCGCCCCUCUUUCUUACGAAUAAUGUUUUGUAAUGAUAUUGCUCUUUUUCUUCAGUAUUCGCACAGAGCUAACCGCAUGCCCUGUCAGUCUGUGCCACACAUGCACAAAGCCCUGUCCUGUGGUUUGUUGAAGAGGUUUAUUUCUGUCACAAAAGAAAUAAAACAAAGAGAGCGAGAAUUAAUGCCUGCCACUUAGAUGCAGUUCUGCAUUUCAAGGAGGAUGGAUGCACAAAAAGAAGUACACAGUUGUGUUUGCCGUCUGUCUGUCCUUUUACUUUUCAAGUAUGAAAUGGUACCUGGUUCUAUUUUUGUAUUUCCAAUUGAUAGUCCACUCUUUUCUCUAGCCUUUGUGCAUUUCAAAAGAGGCGAUAUCGGUGUACACUGCCGCUGUUACGCUGUGCAAGGUAAUGUGCAAAUGGAAGCAAACAUACAUUAGGUCAGACUGUAGUGAGCUAUUAUUUAUUGCAUGUCACAUGUAUAAGCUAAACUAACUUAUGUCACUUAAUGUGUCGGAAUCAGUCGUUUCUCUGACAAAGAUGAGCUGUCAAACAUGUCUUCUCUCUAAGAAUGAAUUUUUAUUUUGAUUGCAUUUCCAAUAAAUAUGUAUAAA